AUGGAGCAGCUGAUGCAAAAUCACUCUGACACCAAAGUGAACCUUGUUCUGCUGGGAAUGUCCGGGUCUGGAAAGAGUGCGAGCGGAAACACAAUCCUUGGAAAGACAAAGUUCUUGUCAAAAGCCAGUUCAAUGCCGGUCACCACAAAGUGUCAGGCAGCAGAAACUUUGAUAAACGGUACAUUUGUGCGUGUCAUUGAUACUCCAGACAUCUUUGAUGAUGAAAUCAAAUCAUCAGAUAAGAACCAUCAUGUGAAACAUUGCAGACAGCUCUGUCAGUCAGAUCCUUGUGUUUACUUACUUGUGAUGCAAGUUGGCAGAUUCACAGAUGGUGAGAGAGACAUACUGAGAAAGGUUGAAGAAGCUUUUGGUCCUGAAGCUGAAGAAGAAACAAUCAUCCUGUUUACCUGGGCAGAAGAUGUGUUCGAUGCAAACAUUAGCUUGGAGGAUUUUUUGCAGGACUGCGAGCCUGAACUCAAGAACAUAGUUGAACAGUGUGACAGAAGGUGUGUUUUUUUUGAGAACAUAAUCAGAUGUCAAACUCAAGUAACAGAGCUAAUGCAGACAGUGAACAUGAUGUUAAAUAAAAAGCAGAAACAAUAA